AAUAUUUCAUUUUAUACGUUUUUUUAAAAACGUUUUUAUAUUAUUAUUAUUUUCGAUGCAUGAGAGGUGCCGGAUCUGCCCAAAUAGGUCCCGGAACACAGGGAGGCCAAAAUCAAGAGGGGCCGGAUCUUGUUUCGGCAGGAUCUGGCACAAAUUAACCCCUCGGUAACACUUAUUUGACAGCAGCGUGAUAAGACUGCUCAGAAAAUUUCAAAUUCUUUGACAUACAACUUCUUUUUAAAGUAACGGAAAUAGUUACUUUCCCUGGUAACUAGUUGCUUUUACUAUGGAGUAAUUCAGUUACUAACUCAGUUACUUUUUGGAAGAAGUAGUGAGUAACUAUAACUAAUUACUUAAUUAUAGUAACGUCCCCAACACUGGCGGUUAAUAUAUCUUUUUGGUGUAAAUAUCCAUUAAUACAGUGACUGCUUGUCCUCGAUAUGAUGUGAUGAGAGGCUGUUUUGCUCAUUGGAAGCUUGACUUGAUUUUUAUUAUUUUUUUUAUUAUCUAAUUCCAAAUGGUUAAGUGUAUGCAUAUGUGAAAUUUGUGGGGUUCGGGACCUUUAGCAAGGAGAACCACCGGGUUAGUAAUUUGUCCUGGGUUAUGCAUAGACGGAUGCUGACAUCUAGAGGUUGUUUUAAAAAAAAAAAAAAAUCUUUUGUCUAUCUUUUGUCUUUUUCUGAUAGUAGGAAAUUCCAUAACUGAAAAAACUGAACAUGACACAUUGGUAUGAGAUUCACCGUUGUGCCACUUACAGUGUACUUAGGUUGUUUAAUGUAAGCAACCCUACUGAUGCACAGCCACUUUUAAUUGCUUUUACAGUGUCUGGUUGUGCUCGGUGCCAUGGACGAGUCGGAGCCCCUUUUGGUCGCCCGUUCGGAUGAGAGGAGGCAAAACGGCCACUGCAGCUGGAGACUUGGCACCCCUAACAUGGAUGCCAGGGUGGUGGAAGACCUGAGGCGCAGGCUCAAGUACUUCUUCAUGAACCCUUGCCAGAAGUACAAAGCCCGGGGUCGCAAGCCGUGGAAGUUGAUGCUGCAAAUAUUAAAAAUCGCCCUCAUCACCGCUCAGCUGGUCUCAUUCGGACUGAGCAACGAGAUGAUGGUCACGUUCAAAGACGAGAACCUGAUGACGUUCCGACACCUGUUUUUGAAAGGAUACAAGGAGCACCAGCUAGGAGGGCACAAUUUGCACACAAAAAAAGAUGUGUAUGAUAACAUCUACUACAUCAUCGACAGGUACAUCAAUCUCCAAAACCUGACUGUAGGCAAUCUGGCUUAUGAGAGGACUGACAGCGAGUACACACCUCUGAUGGUCUGCCAAGUGUUGUACAGGAACAGCAACAUAGACCCCGGAAAUGAGACUUUCUACAUCGACCCACACAUUGACACAGAAUGCUUUUCCAUCUACCCUGUGCAGUCACUGGACAAUGUCAGUCUGGCGACGGUCUUGAAUUUCUCUUUGGACUUUAGGAGGCUGCUGUCAGUCAACGUUCACUUCACCCUGAAAACUAUUAACCUGCAGACCGUGAGGCACCACGAGCUUCCCGACUGUUACGUAUUCCACGUGGUGAUCACGUUUGAAAACCACGCUCACAGCGGAAGUAUCAAGGUGGCCGUCGGAAAUGAUGUGACCAUCAACGAAUGCAGGGAUUGGAACGUGGAAGGCACUUCAGGGAAAAACGACUACCUCCUACUCUUUUUCGAUUCUUUGGUUAUUCUUGCCUGCUUCGCCUCGCUGAUCCUGUGCUUACGUUCCGUCAUCAACGGCAUCCAUUUACAAUUUGAGUUUAACACAUUUUUUCAUGCCUACUACAACAAAAUUGUGACGUGGAGCGACCGCAUGGAGUUUGUAAAUGGCUGGUACAUCCUCAUUAUCAUUAGCGACACUCUGACCAUCGCUGGCUCAGCUUUUAAGAUUGGAAUACAAACAAAGUUCAUGACAAGCUACGAUGAGUGCAGUAUCUUGCUGGGCACGGCGACCAUGUUGGUAUGGGUGGGUGUGAUUCGGUACCUCGGUUUCUUCAAAAAAUACAAUAUUCUCAUCUUAACUUUGAGAGCGGCUUUACCAAACGUAAUCCGAUUCUGCUGUUGUGCGGCCAUGAUCUACCUCGGCUACUGUUUCUGUGGCUGGAUUGUGCUUGGGCCGUACCAUGACAAAUUCCGAACACUCGACAAGGUGACCGAGUGCCUCUUCUCGCUGGUCAAUGGCGAUGACAUGUACGCUACCUUCAUGAAAAUGCGUGACAAUGGCUACAUAGUGUGGCUCUUCAGCCGCCUGUACCUCUACUCCUUCAUCUCUCUCUUCAUCUACAUGGUGCUCAGCCUCUUCAUAGCCCUCAUCACGGACACCUAUGAGACUAUUAAGCAUCACCAGCAAGAAAAAGUACCAAUUUCUCAGCUCCAGGCCUUCAUCGCAGAGUGCAGAGACGAGCCAGAGUCUGGACGCUACCAAAUAGACGAGGAGCCUCUUUCUUGCCCUCUCAUGGCUUGCUUUUGCUGUGGGUGUAAGGAAAAGAUGUGA